AUGGCUUCCUCAAACGUCCCCAAGACCUGCAAGGUCAUCACCGCUGAGACCAUCGCCAAGGGCUACCUUGGUGAGGUCAAGGACACAUUGGCCAAGAUCCAAGGCGAGAACCCAUUCACACCUACACUGGCUGCUUUCCUCGCCAACGGUGAUCCUGCUGCUGUCAAGUACGCUGAGUGGUCAAAGAAGACAUGUGAAGAGAACGGCUUCAACUUUGACCUCCGAACCGUGGACAAGGAGCUCCUCGAGGAGGAGAUCAUGAAGGCCAACGAAGAUGAGGAUGUCGACGGCAUGAUCGUCUACUAUCCCAUCUUCCCCAACAACCCUUCCCACGACAAGUACAUCCAGGAGUCUGUCGAUCUCGGCAAGGACGUCGAGGGUCUUCGACACCAGCACAUCCACAACAUGUACCACAACAUCCGCUUUAUUGACCCUCCCGAGAACCGCAAGAAGUCCAUCCUUCCUUGCACUCCUCUCGCUGUAGUCAAGAUCCUUGAGUACCUGCAGAUCUACAACCCCAUCCUGGCUUCUGGUAACCGACUCUUUGGCAAGACCAUCACCGUCAUCAACCGAUCUGAGGUCAACGGCCGACCUCUUGCUGCUCUGCUCGCCAACGACGGAGCCACCGUCUACUCCGUGGAUGUCACCGGUGUCCAGGUCUUCACCCGAGGAGAGGGUAUCAAGAAGGCCCGCCACCUUGUCGCCGAUAAGGAGGGCUGGAAGCUGGAGGACUGCCUUCCCCUCAGUGAUGUUGUCAUUGGAGGUGUCCCUGUUGAGUCUUUCAAGGUUCCUACCGAACUUAUCCGCGAUGGUGCUGUCUGCAUCAACUUCUCCUCUUACAGAAACUUUGACGGCCCUGCCAUCAAGGAAAAGGCCUCCAUCUACGUGCCAUCCGUCGGCAAGGUCACCAUUGCUAUCCUGUUGAGAAACCUGGUUCGCCUCAUUGCCAACCGACCCUCCAAGGACCAGUCGCAGAAGAAUGUCGAGGCCCGAGCUGAGGCUUUCGCCGACGACUAA